AUGACAACUAGAACCCGAAGUAGAAACAACGGAAACCCUGAGAAUGAGGAACUAGUUAAUCAUAUCCCAAUUCGUGAUACCGAAAAUAUGUUCAGGAAACAACACCCUCCGACCUUUGAUGGCCUAGGUGAUCCUGUAGACGCCGAAAAAUGGGUUAGAACGAUAGAAAGAAUAUUUGCCUAUAUAAGGUGUGAUGACAAAGAGAAGGUAAUUUAUGCAAAAUACCAAAUGGUUGAUGAGGCUGACUUCUGGUGGGAGUCAGUAGAAAGGACUAUGACUCAGGCACAAAAGGACACUUUAACUUGGGAAGGCUUCAAGGAAAAGUUGUUUGAAAAGUUUAUUCCAGAAUGCUAUAGGCAAAAGAGACAGAAUGAGUUUUGGAAUUUAAGGCAGGAAAAGAAUACGGUAACAGAAUAUGAUCGUGAAUUUAAUCGAUUGUCAAGAUAUUAUCCACAACUGGUGGAUACUGAUGAAAAGAAGGCGGACAAAUUCAGAAAAGGGCUGCAUCCUGAUAUUGCAAUAUCAUUGGGCUUUGAACAUUGA